UUCAGUCAGCAACUGUAAAGAGAUAUGAGUUAAGUGGCGGGCUUGCAGCUGACCAGGUCUAAUGAAGAACGGGGCAGAUAUGCAGCACUUGGCCAGCUUGUCAGGAUCAGUACGUCUGAGUCGCUUUGACGCGCAGUCGAGGUUGUUGCUUCGGGCGCUGAUGUCUGGAGCUUCGGGGGCUCACAGAGCGCUGACCGUCCUCCACAGGCAGCAGCGGGCAAACCCGGAUUUCUCACUGCGUAACCUUAUUCAAGCACUCUGUCAAGAUGAAAUUGCCUGUCCAGAGGCUCAAAUUGGGCCACUUGUUGUUAAACCAAACGUGUGCCUGUUUUCAGCAUCGUUCAAACAAAAUCUGCUGUUUUUCAUCUAUCUGGUGCACUCUGUUCUGCCCAAAACCACUAUCUUCCAGCUGCUGAGUUGUCUCAGCCAGGAGUCUCAUCCAAACCCCUGGAUUACCGCUCUGUGUAGACAGCUGGAGAGAAAGCUGGGGACCCACCCUGAUGAGCCUUUAUACACCAAUGCAUGCUGUCAGAGGCUACAGGAGUUUUCAAAGCGCUUGGUUGGUUCUGGUGUGACUGGAGGAUGGGCCAAGUGCUUCAGCAGUCAAACAGUAAGCUCUGAAUCUCAGAGCACGUUUGAUGUAGAUGAGCUGGGAGCACAAAGGAAAAGGAGGGGCAGUUUUGUCCAUCUGGACUCGGACAUUGAAGAAACAGGACGGCAGAGCAAACGAAUGAAGUUGGAAGUUGGUGAGCCUGUUAGUUCAGAAGAAGAGACUCUAAAAGCUACAACACUAGGAGGAUCUGAAAGUGCUGCUCAUGCAGAAACGCCUACAUCGGACGGUGUGUGUGAUGUCCUGCCUGAACACAUUAAGGUCUCUGUUGUUCAAAUUCAAGAAUUGCUGGAGAAUCAGGCUGAGUGGGACCAAAACUCCACAGAUGUGUUCAAAGUGCUGAAUGAUUGUAAUCCCAGUCAAGUGGAGGUCUUAUGUAACAUGUUGAGACUGCCUGACUUACCAGAACAUACUCUGACAAAACUGUGCAACAGUAUUUUGUCCCUCUCUCCUGACCUGAGCUACAGCACCGCAUCAUCUCUCAUCAAGAGCCUCCUGCUGGAGAAGGUCCUUGUACUGUCAGAGCCGGCCUCCAGAUGUCUGGUCACGGCAGUGACAUCACUGUGUAGCCGCUAUCCCAGACCGAUGUGCCACGCUUUAAUCGGAUCAGUGUUGGAGGAGAAAAACAUCGGGCAUCCACAAGCAGAGCUUCUGAACAGACUGAUAGAGGGCUGUUUGGAUUCCCACUACAGGCUGCUGGUGCUCCAAAUGACAUUCAGAACUACUUGGAGUGAGGCAGUGCUCUCCAUUAUCCACAGCUUGCUAGACUCAAAGCCUGUGCUGAAUGAAGACGUUUUCACACAGUUUACCCAACAACUCGUCAGCCAAGCUCCUAAUUUAACUAAGUCUGUGAAGUUUGCAAAAAUGAUGCUAACAGUACUCAGCAAAUACAGCAGCCAUGUGACUGCUGAACAUAAACAGUCCCUGUCCAGUUGUCUGAUGUUAAACGAGACAUUCCUGAAGAAAUCUCUUCACGCUGCUUUGAAACGAAUCACACACACAUAGUGCAAGUAUUACAUGUUAGUAAACCUGCUGAAAAUAAAGCACCUAAGUCCAUCAAAGAGGAAACUUUACUAUUCCAAGCACUUAAAAUUACCAUAACAUUGUUUAGCUUAAUUUACAUAGUUUAUUCUGCUGUAAUAUUUAAUGUGGUGCUCUUUGUGUGUUUUAGUAAAAUAUAAACUAAGCGCUGUGGUUGUUAAUGUUACAGUUCCCCAGACAUGAGUUGGCCAUGAACUCACAGGUGUGCACAGCUAAAGAAUGUUUUAAAACACCACUGUGAUGAUGUAGCUCAUGAGUCCUUGUUAUAAAGAUUUUCUUGUGCUGUUUAUUCUGUUAUUGAGUUUGUUUGUUUUUUUUUUUCAAACAAAAUUCCCAUUAUGCUCUGAUCAAAUUUAUUUCACAUCAAAAUGCGUUGUGUAAUUUAACAGCGUAUUCACUCAAAUUGUAAUAAUGAAUAAAACUUUGACAUUG